AGUAAUAAAGGGGGGCGUGGUUGGUGUGUGUAGAGGAAGAAGAGGUCCCAUGUGGUCUCUUAAUGUGUUUUUGAUUAAAUGAAGUGCCUCUUACAUGACAAGCAUGGUCCCCCACCACAGACCCCUGCCUUCCUCAAUCAUUUCACCGAAUCCAUCCUCAUCAUACUGCAUCAUAAACGAGUUUCCCUCCCUUCCCUCUCCACAUAUAUCAUCCUCAUUCUCUCUACCCUCCUUUACAUCCUUCUUCUUCUUCCCUUCAUACCACAAAACAAACACACUCACUUUCUUGUAAUUAAAAAUAAGAAUGGAGCAGUGUUGGGAGAACUGGCCUCUACACACGGAAAUAGAGCACCAUGAUGAUGGAGAUUUCUUCUUAUCAUUGGAGCAGUGCCAGAAGCCACCUGAUUAUGAUGACGAUUUCCUCAGAGAAAUCCUGCAGAUGCCACCGGAUUUUAGUGACAAUCAUUCUACUGUGGAUCUCGUCACCACCGGCACGGCGGAGAGCACGGAGGAAAAAAGGCCCAGAACAUUCAUUCUCUCCUUCGAUAACUCAACCAUAAUACCUGCCAUAGCAGAGUUCUUCUUAUCGUGCCAGAAGCCACCUGAUUAUGAUGACGAUUUCCUCAGAGAAAUCCUGCAGAUGCCACCGGAUUUUAGUGACAAUCAUUCUACUGUGGAUCUCGUCACCACCGGCACGGCGGAGAGACUAGCAAAGAAGAGUCGAAACGACUCUCAGAUUGUGGAUCACAUCAUGGCUGAGAGAAAAAGAAGACAGCAACUCACCCAGAUGUUCAUAGCACUCUCCGCCACUAUUCCUGGCUUGAAGAAGACGGACAAGGCUUCUAUACUUGGGGAAGCCAUCAAUUACGUGAAACAGCUUCAAGAACGUGUGAGGGAGCUGGAAAAGCGGAACAAUGAUAAUAAGAGGGGCCCAACAGAGCCAGUCAUAUUCCUCAACAAGACUCAGCUGUUGUGUCGGAACAACGAAGACAGCACCAGCGAGGAGGAGGAGGAGGAGGAGGAGGAAGAAGUGGAGGAUUGGCGUAGCAAGGAGGAAAAACAAGUGCUCCCAGAUGUUGAAGCAAGAAUGCUGGAGAAGGAGAAGGAGGUGCUGAUUGAGAUCCACUGCGAAAAGGAGAAUGGAAUUGAGGUGAAGAUAUUGGAGCAGCUUGAAAAUCUUCAUCUGAGUGUGACCGGGAGCAGCGUUUUGCCAUUUGGGAAUUCGACUCUGGGUAUUACCAUCAUUGCCAAGAUGGGAGAUGCUUACACCAUGACACUCCAUGAUCUCCUCACAAAUUUACGCCAACUGCUAUUGAAUAUUGAUCAACAACACUACUGAUCCGUACUAGUGUAU